UUAUGGCAAAAAUGUAUAAGACUAUUGAACGAGAUGCAACGAAAUCAACGUUUUCAACCAAAUGCUGACACAUUAAAAGACACGCAGGUUUUAAUCGAACGGAAGCAAAACUGGUGACGAAGUCGUAGUUCGCACAAAUUUACGAUUGCUGAAACUUGCGAUGGAUCCAAUAACAAUAAGUUUGGGCGUGAUAGGAGGUUUACAAAAAGGUGGAAAACACUGCUGGAACUCCUAGGUGUUGUUGAAGGCGAAUUAACAAUAUUAAAGGCAAUAUGCAGACAAGAUCUCGACAGUAGUAUUAGUCAUUUCAGUAAGGGUAUUGAAAGACUGAAACUUGCCGAGUCAACUAAAAACGAAGAAUUCGAGUUGAAAGAAGAGCGAAAACAGUUGGCUGAAGAGUCUUUUACAGAGGCAGACAGAGAAGCUGGCUUAGCAUUUCAUAAUGCAUCAUUAAAAAUUGAAGACAGAAUAACUGCAUGCAAGAUUUGCAUCGCAAGUUGUAUUCUUCGAAAUUUUAAUGAUAGUGAGGCAGCAGAAACGGAUGCUAUGGUAUACUUGAAAAACUUGAAUUCGUUGCCCGAGGUCGAAAAGCUUUUUUCAUUUUCACAAUUCACACUUAAUAAAAACAGGAGGGAUAGAAACGUUGACAGCAUAGUGAUAACUAAUUUAUUACUAGCCGAUUUUAUUUCAAACAACACAUUUCAAAAACGAGCUGUUCUUGACUGGCCAUUGAUUGAAUCAGGUGUGCACAAGUUUCAUCCUUUGUAUUUUAAAGAUGUUGAAGGAAUCACGAGUUCUUCCACACCUUGGUACGAAUCUCGUUUUUGUAAAGAUGAAGCUCACCUAUUUGUCGACAAAGAAAUCACAAUAACCAACGAAGGAGAAAUGCUGAUUUUUUCUGGAAAAAGUCUCCAAAAAGUCAACAGCGAAACAGGAAAACUUCAACUGUGGUGCAAAGAAAAUUGCGGGAUUGAUGAUUGGCAGAUUAGAUGCAUGACAGUUGAUAACAAAGGCGUGGUUUAUGUUCUUUCUGGUUACGGAAGUAGAAACACUUGGAAAUAUCUAAUGACAGUUUUUUCAAAAGAUGGUAUUGUCCAACAGUCUACAUUAAAGUUCCUGGACAACAAAGAUGCACGAAAUCUGUUCAUGGCCGCAACACAAGAUGAAAGAAUUGUUGUUGCAUUUGUGAUAAGUGAUCAAAGCAAUAUCACCGUGUGCGGAUGUAACAAAGAUGGCGAGCUUUUUCUGAAGGCGCUAAAGGCAAAAGGCAAUCGUAAUCCACUUGUUGGUGAAUUAAAAUCGUUAUCCAUUUCUUCUGAUAACAAAAUGGCAAUCAUAAUUCAUCGAGAGGAACGUUUUCGCAGAUUUUAUAAACUGUUUAUCUACAACAUGGAGGGAAAUCUAUUAAAAGUCAUGAAAUUUAAUCCAAGCGUGAAAGAAAUCAAGGCAUAUGAUCAAGUUAUUUACACGCCAGUCUCCAAGUGCAUUACAGGUUACUACUUUGAAGAUGUUUCUUCAAAGGUAGUGAUUGACACUUUCUCAUCUGUCACGGAAAAACAUCAGUCGUCGCUCAUGUUAAUGAACACAGAAUAUAACUCGGGUUUAUUUAAUGAUUCUGUUCGUCUUGUUCACCAUGUCAACGGAAAGGUGGCUUUGGUUACUGAUGAACGUAUAAUUCACUUGAAAAUGCACUGUGCUAAGAAUACCAAGCCUGCUACACAUUUCGAUCGUCAAGAAUGUGCACAACGGAAAAGUUCUACUUACGGUUUAUCCCAGAAAGGUACCUUCUCAGCGGAAAAUUUUGCUAAAGUGAUGCUUGAGAUUAUUGAAUAUGUACGUAAAAAAGGGGGGAAAACUGACGAUGAUGUGGAACCCGACUCUGAGAAAGACACCAACCAAAAUCGAUUUCUCAUCUUGAUGCGAGGCCGCUAAUAAUGCAAAUUUUAUUCUCUCACGUCAUGCAUGAUCUUCGUGUGCAGACCAAAGCUAAGUAAAAAUUUCUGAAGAUUGUUUUGGUGCGCUUAGUUCAUGUAGUUGAAAGUGAGCGAGUUUCAAAGAUGUAUGAUAUAUAUAAGCUUGUGUAUAUAGCUUGCUUUUCUA